AUGGCUCUAUCAGACAAGCUUAAUCGCAGAGUACGUGCUCGUCCAGCAGACGACGACGAUGUCUCCGAGGCAUCAGCCUCAGACGGAGUCUCUGAAGCCGGCUCCGAAGCCGCAUCCAACGGCUCCAUUGAAUCAGAGGUACAAACCAAGUCUAUAACACAAACCAUUGUCCCAACUAACCCAUCCAACCAGCCAGAAGCAAACUCAGACUCAGAAGAUGGCUCAGGUUCAGACGCAGAGUCCGCAGCUCCCUCCGAGCCUGAAGCCGACGACUUCAAAGCCUCACUUGCAGAAAUCUCCUUCGGAGCCCUCGCCAAAGCGCAAUCUUCCAUGAGCGAUAAGAAACGCAAAUCCAAACACCCCGAACAGUCCGAACCCAGCAUAUCAACCGUUGACGAAAUCCGCGCCAAGCUCCGUGAAGCGCGCGAAGCCAAAGAACUCGCCGCUUCCAAAGUCAAGGAUCAGAAAGCUCGGUCUUCAAAACACGCUCCUAUGGAAAUGUCAAGUAAACGGGCUGUGACGCGGCGCAGAACAGCUGUGGAAUUACCGAAUGCUCCCAAAGCUCGGGAUCCGCGGUUUGACGCUGCGGUUAUGGGACAUAGUGGUGUGGGGAAGCAUGCGCAUGGUGGAAAGGCGUAUGCUUUCCUGGAUGAGUACCGGGCGUCUGAGCUUGCAGAAUUGAAGGCGCAGCUUGGGAAGACGAAGAAUUACGAGAUGAAGGAGAAGCUUAAGGCGCAGAUUCGCACUGCGCAGGAUAAGAUGCGGUCUGCUGCGAAUAAAAAGCGCGAGGAGGAUGUUCGGGCUGAACAUAAGAGUCGCGAGAAGCAACUUAUCAAGGAGGGGAAGAAGGCUACGCCUUAUUACUUGAAGAAGUCUGAUUUGAAGAAACAGGUUCUUGAGAAGAAGUUCGGAGAAAUGGGAUCUAGGGAGCGUGGAAAGGCACUCGAGCGCCGGCGCAAGAAGAUGGCCUCUAAGGAGAAGAAGGAGAUGCCAUGGGAGAGACGGGGUGUUCAGGAUGAUGGAAUGCCCAAUGGGGGAAAGAGGAGGAGGUUGGAAUAG